UGCAGUACAGACAACAGCCUGUUGGGUCGUACUUACGUUUGUGUGUCCUGACGGCUCCUUUUUUCGAUUGUCCGUUCUUUAAAUUAUUCAAGGUGUCGGUAUCAAGCAGUGUCCUACCAGGGGCUAUCACCAUGAAGAUGCUAGCUGCAGAAGGUCCGGAUAUAACACCGGUAGAAUCCUCUGGCGAAUGGCACAGUGCGACGUUCUGGGUGCUGGUGGUGGGCGCAGCGGCUCUGCUGGCCAUCAUCCUCGCCGCGGUCGCCUGCUGGGUGGCCCGCAGGAGGUCCUCGCUUGCUCAUAAGCUUGGCGGCAAACGCGGUCCAGACAAGGCGCUAGUGUUCCAGCCUCCCCGGCGCGCCACGGCGGUCCGCUCGCCCGGCUCAGCCACUCACUACUUGCGCAAGUCGCCGUCGCCCACCGCGCCUGCGCCAGCGCCGCCGCAGCCGCAGACUCCCGCUAACCCGCCGUCUGGAGGUAACAGCCCCCACUCGCCCACGGCGCCCACUGCGCCCUCCGAGCCCGCGCCGCUCAGCAAGGAGCUAGCUGAUGUCCACGCUACCGAGAAGGUCAAGCCCCUGGAGCCUGAGACCAACGAUGGCAAACUUGGAGACUUGCAUUUUAAAUUGCGAUAUGAAAACGAGAAGAGUGCGUUGGUGGUGUCCGUGGUUUCCUGCCAGAACUUGCCCGGUCGCGAGCCUGCCGGCCCUGACCCAUAUGUGAAGCUGCAGCUCCUACCUGAUAAACAGCAUAAGGUUAAAACCAGGGUUGUCCGCAAGACCCGCUGCCCAGUGUACGAUGAAGAUUUCACAUUCUACGGCAUCGCGCCGCACCAACUUGCCGGAAUCACCCUUCACUUUGUGGUGCUUAGCUUUGACAGAUACUCCCGUGACGAAAUAAUCGGUGAAGUGGUGUCCCCGCUGUCCAAUCUGCAGCUGCAAAGUGGAGAGGCCAUGGCUCUGUGCCGUGAAAUCCAACCUCGCAGCUUGAAGAUGCGCAGCGUGGGGCGCGGCGAGGUGCUGGUGUCGCUGUGCUGGCAGCCGGCCGCCGCGCGCCUCACCGUCGUGCUGCUGAAAGCCCGUAAUUUGCCCAAGAUGGACGUCACUGGCCUGGCUGAUCCUUACGUGAAAAUGUACCUGCUGUACAACGGGCAGCGCAUCGCGAAGAAGAAGACGCACGUGAAGAAGCGCACCCUGAACCCAGUGUUCAACGAGUCCUUCGUGUUCGAGGUGCCGGCCGCGCCCAACGCCACUCUGGACCACGUGUCCCUCGAGCUGCUCGUGCUCGACUGGGAUAGGGUCACCAAGAAUGAGGUGAUCGGUCGCGUAGAGCUGGGUGCGAGCGGCACGGGCAGCGCGCGGCACCACUGGCGCGAGGUGCAGGCCGCGCCGCGCCGACAGAUCGCCGACUGGCACAAACUGAAGGAGUAAAUGGUCACACACCCAUACUACACGCCAAAUGACUACAACCUGCUCUGAGUCUAUGCAAAGAAACGAAGAUUCGUCGGCUUCAAACGUUUCUUGUAUUUGCGAUUUAACAACAACGCGAAAUUGCAUUUGAAAUGUUUCCUUUACCUCUACAAUCUUCAAUCCCUUUUAAAGACUGUCGUAACAGUUUGAUGCAAUAAGACCUUUUUCCUGAAUUGUUAGGCUAACAUCAGUAAAUGCCUGCAAUUUUACAGCAAGUUACAUGCCAGUUUUUGUAACUUUAAGCGACGUAUUGUAAACAUUAAUAUGAGCAUAACAGUUUGCGUCACUAUUUGCGCUAAACGUGGCUAAACGCCGCGUUUAAAAUACUUUCAGCUAACCUAGACCUAUUAUUAAAUUGCGUGCGGAAAGCUAUGUUUAAAUUAGCUACACGGCAAUGAAAUCUUAACUGUUAGUAGAAAGUGAGUAUAUGAAAGUUCAUUACGGGAAUGCCAUUUUUUCAUGUGUAUAAUCGACGGUUUUGUAGUAGGUACUUAUAGUUAUUUGGCGUCGAUUAUAUGCGUAAUUUUGCUGUGAAGUGCUGAUGUUAACCAAUUUAUUUUCUAUAUUCAAUUUUUGUUAUUCUGCAUCGUCCUUUUAAAGAUUAUUGGGUAUUUAUUUUCCAGGUUAAUGUAUGUGUUCAAUGAAUUCUCGUGGCUUAACAAUCCCUGUAUUGUCUUAUAUUCAUAUCCUUGGCUGAAAUUUGCUUUAAUGAAGAUCAUCGAUUAAUUAUCCGCAUUUGCAAUAAUUUUGCAAUUAUAUUUAUAUUUAAUCAUCUUAAUUUGGAAUUUCCUUUCUUUCUUUGGUGAGGUGCGUUUAGACUAGGGGCUAAUUAUGGAUAUUGCAGUUUCUUAUCAGCUGGUGAUUUGUUGGCUCUUUCUCAUGAUAUGAAAGGUAUGAUGUUAUAUUAGAAAUAAUAAUAACACAUUGUGGAGAAAAUCUAUAUGUCAUCUGUAAAAAAAUAUGUACCUAUUUGGUCUAAAUGCACCACAGAAAUUAAAACUACGUUUUUGUCUCUCAUCUAUGAUGUGAUUUUUCAAAGUCUAUGUUUUAAUAUCCUUAAUUGUAUAUAAAGUCCUCUACCAUGUAGAAUGUGAUUGUAGACAUUUGGUAUUCAGGAAAUUUAAAUAUUUUAUCGUAUUGUUGUUAUAGAUCUAUGUUAUAAUUAUUAUAUUUAAUCAUAUUAUUUCGUUAUGUAACAUGGAAUAAAAAUUCAAUUGAUAUUCAUACAAAUCCAACUAGUAUUAAUUAGGCCAACGAUUUGCGAUUAUAUUUUAACAACGAAAAGGUAUAACACGCCAAAAUUCAAAAGCAGGAAGUUUCGUUAAGAAAUUAUAUUGGUGAUGAAAUGAUAGUAGAUAUUUUUUCAAUGACGUGCUAUAACCAAUUAGAUUCACAAUCAAAAUAAAGGGUCAAAAUGCCCGAAGGCCAUUGCUUAAACAUUCAGUGGAAUAAACAUCUUAUUUAGUGGCAAAUACAGUUAGUUAUACACAAUACACAGGGCGAAGAGAGUUUUGCUUCGGACACUUUGUGCGGGAAAGUGAGUCUAAAUUUUUAUUGCCCGUCAAAAAUAUUUUGUAUUAGAUAGAAAAAUUUAUUUCUUAAACAACCCAUUUAUUGGUUUAGAAUUAAUGAUCAAGUAACAUAAGAUACUUAGUCGUAGUUUUCCAUUUAUAUUACUAAUUGUUUGGAAGCGCACAUCUUGAGUCCCACAGUGAUGUCACUUUGCUAAAUAAUGUUACAUAUCCACUAUCUUUAUUGGAUAUCUACACAAAUAUUAAAUUCAUAUACAAAAAGAAUGAUAACCGCAAACGCAAAAAUUGCUUGCUCUAGUAAAAAAUUGAAUCAUAUUUUAUGAUUCAAUUAAAGUUAUAUGAUGCAGUAUAAAAUAAUAUAACAUUAAGAAAGGAAUUAAUAUAAAAAGUUUUGUUUAUUUUUGACAAAAUUCUCAUUAAAUAUUGUAGUAUUUCUAACGUGGAAAAGAUUUAUUUGGUGUAUUUUUAUUGGUAAUACGUUGAGAAAUUCACAUAAUACUCAAUUCAUUAAAUAAGAUUUAAAUUAGAGUAAAGAAAAAAACAAUCUAUUUUAUACUAAUUGUAGACGUAUUAAAUGUCUAGAUUAAGUAUUAUAAGGCUCAUAAAACUUUGGGCUUUUGGUCACGUGUACCUUAGCAAUUCACAAUAGAAAGCUUAGCCCCUUACGACUUUGACAUCCCAUCGCAAAAGUAGCAUUUUAGAUAUUUCUUACAUAGUAAGUUAUAUAAGAUCACAAUAUAUGUAUACCGUAUAAUAUUUAAUCGUCAAAAUUUAUAGAAUCGGAUUUAAAUACACGAAAGUCCCCAUGGUUAGCAUCUAUUUUAUAUAAAACGUAUAAUUGAAAUAAUCACAAUAUUGUAAUACUAUGUGUAUAUUUUUUGUAGUGACAAUAAAAAUUGGCGCGAAUUCAUUUAUCUGUCAAAGUCGAUGUAACAAUACAUAUUUUGGUCAUACCGGACGUGUUAUUGUUACAACAACUUCGAUAUAUAAUAUUAGUGAUAUAUUGUGUAUAUAUUUUAGUACCCACUCCAUACUUAAUACAUUCCAAUUGUAACUUGUAUAUAGUCAUUUUGAUCUCAUAAAUAUUUCAUAAUAAUCGUUAGUAUUAAGAUACUAAAUGUCGACACUUUAUAGAUUUUUGUUUGUGUCUUUUUUGUUGUAUUUACGUGUAGUAGAUGCAUUUUGGAGCAUUCACUAAGCCGAAUAAGCUAUAUUGUCUGCUUAUAAACUAUGAUAUGACAUACGAAAUAUGAACACUUUUUUAUUUCUUAAAAAAACGUAGGUAUAAUUUUGCUGUUUUCUGUUCAGAUUUAUAGUUAAUUUUUUGUGUUUUGUAUGUUGAAAUGGUUUUUUAUUCAACUGCCUUAUCAUAGUUUAUGGUCACCGAUGAUAUUUAGACCUUAGAAUAUAACACGUAACAUGUUUACUUACAUAUUUAUAUUUAAAUCUUGUUUCAUAAGUAAUUUAUUCUCUAUUUAGUCGAAAAAUAUAAUAUUUAUAUUAAGUAUCUAUUUAUUUAUUUUAUGUUAUUACUAGGUCUGUAUAAUUUUUAACAUAUGUGAUGAAAUAAUUAUGUGUUACAUCCUAAGGUUUGUCGGAAACAACCGGUAUCAGUUUUGUAUACUAAGAAAUUUUAGUGAAUAAAUUAUUGACUGGUGCU